AUCGCUGCUGAGUCUCAAAUCAAUUAUAAACAGCAGUAGGGGACUCGAAGCUAACCUAGACAGCUAAUUCUUGCCGGUUCAUCACCCACAUGUGCUAUUCGAAACCUGUAAAAGAAAUCUGAAAAUUGUAUUUUGUUUAUUUAAAAUAACUGGUAACUACCCAACACGUUUUAGAAAUUCUUAUAUACUAUAACACGACGAAUCAGUUGCUUAAUCUUUUGCUGUUUAGUUGUGGCUUAGGUUAGCUUAAGUGCUAGUUAAAGGUCCUAGUGCAACUGUACAGGUGAUCAGAGUCCUGUGAUGGAAAUACUGGUGUCUGAACUGUAAACUGUAGUGGGAGAUGGCUGCGAAUGGAGCAGAAUGUGAACAGCCACAGAAAAGACUAGGACCUAAAGACAAGCAGAAUGGCAGUUCUACAGAUUCAUCUCUGAGAGAGAGAAAGCAGCAGGACAGGGAAGAGCGUCUCUCUUUAGUGCUGUGGAAGAGGCCUUUUACCACACUACAGUAUUUCUUCAUAGAAACCCUCAUUACCCUGAAAGAAUGGACGUGGAAGCUUUGGCAGAGAAGAGGUGUGGUAUUUUUGUCUGUAGUCCUAUUUUCACUUUUCUCAAUGGCUUACUCAGUAGAAGGAGAACAUCAACAGUAUGUACAGUACCUGGAGAAGAAGUUCCUGUGGUGCGCCUACUGGGUAGGCCUGGGGAUUUUGUCUUCGGUCGGUCUUGGCACUGGACUGCACACUUUCCUUCUGUACCUGGGUCCACACAUAGCUUCUGUCACUCUGGCUGCAUAUGAAUGUGGCUCUGUGAAUUUCCCCGAGCCGCCCUACCCAGCCCAGAUAAUGUGUCCGGAGGAGGAGGUCCUGCAGGAGAGCAUCUCACUAUGGACCAUCAUGUCGAAGGUUCGCCUGGAGGCUUGCAUGUGGGGUGCAGGCACAGCUAUUGGAGAGCUGCCUCCUUACUUCAUGGCACGGGCGGCACGGCUGUCUGGAGCAGAUCCUGAUGAUGAAGAUUAUGAGGAAUUUGAGGAGAUGCUGGAGCAGGCACAGAGUGCACAGGAUUUUGCAACAAGAGGCAAGCUUGCAGUGCAAAACAUGGUGCAGAAAGUGGGAUUUUUUGGAAUUCUAGCUUGUGCCUCUAUCCCAAAUCCCUUGUUUGACCUGGCUGGAAUCACCUGCGGUCAUUUCCUGAUUCCAUUUUGGACCUUCUUUGGAGCGACUCUCAUUGGAAAGGCCAUCAUUAAGAUGCACAUUCAGAAACUGUUUGUUAUCAUAACAUUCAGCAAGCACAUAGUGGAGCAGAUGGUCUCUCUGAUCGGUAGUAUCCCUGGAAUAGGAGCAUCCCUUCAGAAACCUUUUAGGGAGUACUUGGAGGCCCAGAGAGCCAAGCUUCAUAACCCAGCGGGCGAUGGAGCAGCAGCAGGUGAAAGCUGGCUCUCGUGGGUAUUUGAGAAAGUGGUGCUUGUCAUGGUGUGCUAUUUUAUUCUGUCCAUUAUUAACUCCAUGGCACAGAGCUAUGCCAAGCGUCUCCAGCAGAAGAAGUACUCAGAGGAGAAAAUGAAAUGAUGGACUCACAGAAAAACAUCUCACACUCCUGUUCUGGAACCUACGAAAUAUCAAAGCUAAAACUACAUGAGCACUGAUUUAUGAGCGCUUCUGUAUGUUAACGUUCAUUCAGAUCUUUAGUUACGCGGAAAUCCCUCUUCAUUUGUCUGUAGU